AUGGAGGUGAAAUCGGCGUCGGCGGGCACGGUGAGCGAUAGGCUGGCGGCGGUGUUGGACGCGGCGGACGUCGCGGCGGAUGGCGCGGCGGAUGCGUUCGACCGCGCGAUGGGGGUCGCGAAUCGCGGCGUGGAGCUGUUCAACGAGACCGCGCCGGUGGUGACGCCGUACAUCGACCGAGGGUUGAAGGCGGCGGCGCCGAUCGGUGACGCCGUGGGGAAGUACGCGGGGCGAAACGUCGUGCCGGUCGUGAACGAGGGGCUGAAGCAGGCGAAUUCGGUCUCCGCGCAGGCGUACAAGGAGGCGUACGCGCAGCUCAAGGCGCAGGGCGUGGACGUCGAGCCGAUCGCGAAGGGGUUGAGCGAUGGCGUGCAGACCGGUGUGGCGGCGGCGGUGCCGGUCGCGAAGCAAAUCGGCGACUACCUCACGAGCGCGACUCCGGAGGAGCUCGCGACGACGGCGGGCGAACUCUUCUUGGCGUACCUCAUCGCGCCCGUUUUCUUCAAGAUCCUCGGUGACAUCGCUCGAGGAUACAAGGGCGACUUACGCCCGAUCGAGGCGUACGAUAUGCUUCUCUCCGAAAACGCCGUCGUCGUCGACACUCGCGGCGCUGACGUCACCGUCGCGCUUCCGGGCGGCGCCAGGAAGCGCGUGCUCGUGUGCACCAUCGAGAAGUCUGGCUUCGGCUCCGCCGCCGCCAAGGUGAACGCGCUCAAGAUCGCUUCCCUUCGCGGUGUCGGUAAGGGCAAGAAGGUGAUCAUCCUCGACCAAAACGGUGGCAACGCCAAGGCGCUCGCCAAGGCGCUCGCCAAGCAAGGAUUCGGCAACGUCUUCACCGUCAAGGGCGGCUACAACGCCUGGUCCCGCGCCGGCUUGGCGACCACUAACGAUCGUUAA